GGGGUCACUCGGCGCAGAUGACCUCGUAUUCAGGACAGCGGUUACCAGGACAGCGAGCGGAGUUACUACAACGCAACCAGAACGUGGUGCGCUCGGAGCCCCGCGCCUCGCUGUCCAGGAGUCCGAGGGCCGAGGGUCAAGCCUCUGGGCAGGUGUCGGGCAGGGUCUUACGGAGGAUGACGUCCCUCCCCUCCAGGAGCCAGUCUCCCGGAGGGGGCACCGUUUCCCCCUCCCGGAUCUCCCUGCGGACCUCCCAGGGCAGCACCUACGACUCCCCCAUCCUCUCGGAGCCCAAACCUCUGGCGGCCGUGUUCCUCGGGACCUCCAUGCCGCCCUCCUGCCCCUCACCCUCCUCCCCAACCGACGCCACCCAGGCCCUGGGGGGAGUGGUGCUGGGGGUAGGUGGGGGGGGUCGCCUGGGCUCCACCCUGUCCCUGGUGGAGGGGAGGUGUCUGACGGGGUCCCCUCUGAGGUCGGGGAUGACGGCGGUGCCGCAGCACUACGGAUCAACGCUGCCCCGGCAGAGCCAGCCGCUGGGCUAUGGGGCAGGGGACCCCUACGGCCUGUUCCAGAGGGGGGGGCUGCCACGGCCCGACAGCCUCAUUGGGCUCCACAGCUCGUACGUGGGUCACGCAGGGCAGAUAGAUCCGGAGCUGAGGGCGGCGUUAUCUCCGGAUUGCCACAUGACGCCCGUUUUUGAUGAGCGCUCCUUCCACAGCCCCCUGUACCACAGCCCCUCCCACGACCCCUCCCUCUACAGGGUCAACACAGGUUUGGCGACCCUCCCCCGGGCCUCGAGCCACUGCGGCACGCUGCCGUUCCAAAGAAGCAGCUUCGGGCUGAGCACCUCCGCUCUGUACGUGGACCCCUACCGGGAGCCCAUCUUCUCCCACCGCCACUCUGGGCUCAUUGAGCGGGGGGCCACGCGCACCCCCUCCCUCGAGAGCAUCCAUAAGGACCCCAGGGAAUUUGCCUGGCGUGACCCCGAGCUGCCGGAGGUCAUCCACAUGCUGCAGCACCACUUCCCCUCGGUGCAGGCCAACGCCGCCGCUUACCUGCAGCACCUGUGCUACGGAGACAACCGGGUGAAGGUGGAGGUGUGUCAGAUGGGGGGGAUCCAGCACCUGGUGGACCUGCUGGAUCACAAGCUGACGGAGGUCCAGAAGAGCUCCUGCGGGGCUCUGAGGAACCUGGUGUACGGGAAGGCCACGGACAACAACAAGGUGGCGCUGAGGAACGCGGGGGGGGUGCCUGCCCUGCUGCGCCUCCUCAGGAAGACCACCGACAACGAGGUCCGCGAACUCGUCACUGGCGUGCUGUGGAACCUCUCCUCGUGUGACGCGGUGAAGAUGACGAUAAUCCGGGACGCUCUGAGCACGCUCACCAACACAGUGGUGAUCCCCCACUCGGGCUGGAGCAGCCUCUCCCACCGCGACGAACACAAAGUCAAGUUCCAGUCCUCGCUGCUGCUGCGCAACACCACCGGCUGCCUGAGGAACCUGAGCUCAGCAGGGGAGGAGGCGAGGAGUCAGCUGCGUUGCUGUGAAGGUCUUGUGGACUCGCUGCUUCACGUCCUCAAAGCCUGCGUCAACACCUCCGACUACGACAGCAAGAUUGUGGAGAACAGCGUGUGCACCCUGAGGAACCUCUCGUACCGGCUGGAGGUGGAGAUGCCGUCCUCCCGGCUGCUGGGGAACCAGGAGUUGGACACCCUGCUGGGCUUCUCCUCCCCGGGGAAGGAGCUGGACUACAUCUGCUGGGGCAAGAGGAGGCGCGGGCGGAAGAGGGGGGGCUGGCCCGACGACAAGUGGGAUGGCGUGGGGCCCAUCCCAGGCUUCUCUCAGCACCUGAGGGGGGCGGAGCAGCUGUGGCACCCCAUGGUGGUGAAGCCGUACCUCAACCUGCUGGCGGAGAGCUCCAACCCCCCCACGCUGGAGGGGGCCGCCGGGUCCCUGCAGAACCUCUCCGCCGGGAACUGGAAGUUCUCAGCCUACAUCCGAGCGGCGGUGCGUAAAGAGAAAGGGCUGCCCAUCCUGGUGGAGCUGCUAAGGAUGGACAACGACCGGGUGGUGUGCUCCGUCGCCACCGCCCUCCGCAACAUGGCGCUGGACAGCCGCAACAAGGAGCUCAUAGGAAAGUACGCCAUGCGGGACCUGGUGACGCGGCUGCCUGGAGGCGGACCCUCCAGGCUGUCGGACGAGACGGUGGCGUCGGUGUGCUGCACGCUGCACGAGGUCACCAGCCGCAACAUGGAGAACGCCAAAGCUUUAGCCGACUGCGGAGGCAUCGAGAAGCUGGUGGACAUCAGCAAAGGGCGAGGGAAAGGGUACUCCGUGAAGGUGGUGAAGGCAGCAGCUCAGGUGUUGAACACGCUGUGGCAGUACAGAGACCUGAGGACCCUCUACAAACAGGACGGCUGGAACUACACCCACUUCGUCACUCCGGUCUCCACCCUGGAGCGAGACCGCUACCUGUCCCAGCCCACGCUGCCCACCAGCCCCAUGCAUAUGUCCCCCAUCAUCCAAUCAGGUGGUAGUGCAACAUCCUCCCCCGCCAUGCUCGGGAUCAGAAGACACAGUUCCAACUAUCAGAGAGCGCAGUCAUCUAUGCAACUCGACACGUAUUACGGAGACAACAGUUUACACAAACGGCAGUACACAGGGUCAGAGAAGAAAACUCCAUAUUUCAUCGGGACAUACUCUUCCCAGUCAGGAGAGGAUCUGAGACGUUCCCAACACACAGAGCCAUUUUACGACGAGCCCGACAGGAAGAACUACAACAGCUACAGAAUGUACCUGUCGUCCCCUCAAGACUACGGAGAGGAGCCGUACGACGAGGAGGAGCCGGGGCCCCUGACCCCCACCCCCCCCGACGGCUACGCUAGCCAGGCGCUCCAGUUCAAAGCCAACACCAACUACGUGGACUUCUACUCCACCACGCGGAGGCCUUCCAACCGGGCCAACAAGUUCACCGGCUCCCCCGACUCCUGGGUGUAGAAACGAAAGGACCCAGAGUACGAGGAGAUUCUGUUUCUGUGAUUGUUUUUGUGUGGGGAGUGCAAGGUGGAGGAUGCAUGUGAAUCUGUGUUGACCUGUGCUCAACAACAGGGCUCGGUUUGCUACAGUUACACCAUGUGCACAAUAAUGCAGAUGAGCUAUUCCUUUAAUUGUUCUUUCUUUACAUUUAAAGCCAAUGUAACAAGUGUUUUGAGAUCGUAUCAGUUUAUUGCACUUAAUUUAGUCCCUAUAGAUGAAAGCUUAAAGGUGGGGUAGGUAAUUUUGGAGAAACCAGCUGGAGUGCGCUAGAAUUAGAAAAUACACAACUGACACAAAAAUCUGCCACUUCCUUCAGACUUCCUCACAGAGCCCCUCCUCCAACACACACGAACGCACACAUGACCAAUGAGGGCACGAGAUAAGUUUGUGCACGAGAUGGAAGGCUGACAGGCAGGUAGGCCAUCCAGUUACUUUAUUUUUACAGCGCCACGGCUUCCACAGAUGAAAUGUUUUAAUGUAUUUAUUGUCAAAGCAUUUCAUGUAUUCAUUGCUAUCGGGAUGUUAAGAGCAUUCCAUUGAAUAUAACAAAAAGUGUUUCUGAAAUAAACUACAUACCCCACCUUUAAUGAAAUGUAAUGAGAAAUGCUUUAGUUAUAACUAGACACUUUUUGAUGACAUGUCAAAACUACAGUGAAUCUACUGGACAGAGCCAAGGAGACUUAAAUAGCGUAAUGCAACUAAGUGUAAAGCAAUUUCCUUCAAGCUAUUUUUGCACUUCCCUUUGAACCGACUGUUUUCUAUUUACAAUUGCACCUUAAAAAAAAAAUAGAUAGCUUUAUUUGAUUAUACUGAAUUUAAUAUUGGAUAUUAGUGCUGAUUUCUGCCGUAAUAUCCAUUAUUAAAUUAUAAACAUUUUUGCUAAUAUUCAAAUAAAGCUAUCUUUUUUUGUAGCUCCUGGUCAAGCUAGUAUUUUUUUAUAUAUAUAUUUAUUUGCUAGUGCAAAUGUAAAUAAAAAAAACAGUUGGUUCAAAGGGAAGCGCAAAAAUAGCUUGCUUUACGCUAUUUAAGUCUCCUUGGCUCUGUCCAGUUGAUUCACUGUCGUUUUGACUUGUCAUCAAAACGUGUCAGUUAUAACUAGAGCUCUUGUACUUUAAUUUUUUUCGUGAACUUUUCAUUACGUUUUUAUCUAUGGACUACAUUAAGUGCAAUAAACUAUGACAAUACGAUCUCAAAACACUUUGAAGGAAAGAAGUUAAAACAAUUAAAGGAAUAGUUAACGUUUAUCUGCAUUAUCAGUCAAAAGGUGCUAUUCGAGAAAAACCCAGCCCUCACUUUGUUGUUUACCAGAGUGUUUGUUAAAGUCAACUGAUUUCAUUUUUCUCUGCGGUAAAAAAUGUGCAGUUUGUUGGCUUCAUAACAUUAAUAAUCAUGGUCACUGUUGGGAACCUUUAAAGACUCAGAGAACCGGGGUUACGUCUGUAACCUGGUGCUUUCUGUAUGUUGGUGCAGUAAUCUCAUAAAGUAUGUGAAAUAUGUGAAAAUCUAUUUGUACAGAAACAAUGGUUUAACUGUCCCGUUACAUUGUUGUGCUCAAUAUGUAGAACUUUAUAUGUGAUUGUGUGGAGAAGAUUUUUCUAUUAUUUAUUGAUUCUUUCUAUUCAUUUUAUUGUGAUCUGACCAAAAUACCCCAUCUGUCUGUUCUGUCUAAACUGAUGAUAAUGUGCAAUGUUACAGAGGGAAUAUAUGGGAAUAAAGAUUAUAUCAUGACAAGGUUA